UUUAAUACCUAUAGGAUAAUGGCUGGAUAUCAAGAAUCAGCCGAAAUUACGUACUGCAAUAGUUAUAAAUAUUUUCGUCGACCAAUUGUACCAUUUUUAGUAUCAAGAACACAAAAUGUAGACAUUUCUGUACGUUUUAACCAGGAUAUUCUAAAUGAUAUAGUGGCAAAUGCACAAAAACAAAGUUAUGCAUUUUUACCUAAGCCAGAACCACAUAGAAAUGUGGGAACUCAGACAGAUUAUCGAGAUAGUGAAACACAAACUGUUCCUUGGGAACCGUCAUACAGAAUUAAGACAGGACAUAAUCCUGAAGUACUAUCAAUAGUACAUUUAACUUGGAAUCAUGGAUUACCAGUUGGACUUCAUGAAUUAGAGAUUAUUAACAGAAUAAGAAAGAAAAGAGCAUGGGAAGCAAUUCUUCCUCCUAUGGAUACACCAGCUAACGUAAAAAAACGGACAGCUAUGAUAAAUGCAUUAGAAAUAGAUGAAUGGGCAUUUAGAGAAUCAGAAAUUCAAGCAAUAAUGGAUUAUAGACUUGAACUAAUGAAUGAAAUAACUAAAUCACGUGAAUAUGAAAAACAGAGAAAAAUUCAAGAUCGUUUCGAUAGAUUGAAAAAUUUUUUAUUUACGCGUAGAGAUAAAGAAAUAGGUUCUAUUAAACAUAAUCUUAGGAGAGAAUUGAGAAAGCUCUAUAAAAAACAUCAACAACAGCAACCUGUUAAACGUGACAUUAUUAAAGAACAUGCUGAUCCAUCGUCCGAAGUAUAUGCGCCACAAAUGCGUUAUGGAGAACAUCCUCAAAGACGACAUGAAAUAAUACAAAAAGAGUUAUUGGGAGAAAGCUAUAUUGAAAAUGUAACUGAAAUAAGUACAUUGCCAAGCUGGCUUCCAACAUAUGAGGAACUAAGUACAAUAAAGCCAAAACCUAAACAAACUGAUCUCUGUGUCAGAGCAACAAGAUGGACAAAAGAAAAAUUAAGCCAAUUACAUUCUGAUUUGAAGGCAAUUAGAUUAAGUACUACAACAAUAGAGACAUCGACAUUGUUAAAGCGCAAGUAUAAAUUACCAUCUUUACCUCCUACUCCAUAUAAAGCAAGCACAGAAAAUGUAACAAACGCACGUGUAGAUCAGUUGUCUACCCUUAUUCAAAAAGUUAUUAGAGGAAGAGCUGUACAGUGCAUGAUGUUCGAAGGUCGCAAUAGAUGUAGAGAAUUAAUUGAAGAACUACAGUCUGCUUAUGGAUUGGAAGAACAUAGCAAAAAACGACAUCAAAAAGAGAAAGAGCGUACAUUAGCAUUACAGCACUUGCAAAGUGAAAAAUCUAUGCAAGAAGAUCGUUUAAGCGAAAUUCUGAAUUCUUUAGAAGGAGCGACUAUUUCUGGAAUGUUAGACUUUCUUAGUAAAGAAUUAAUAAGAUUAGAAGAUGAACGUCGAAUACACGCUUUUGCCUUAUUAGCUGAAAGAGAAAGAGCUAUGAGAGAAGCAGCAGAAGCUGGAAGACGUCAAUUUGAGUAUAAUCGUCGUAGAGAAUUCGAUGAAAUGUUUAGGCAAAUUAUAAAAGUUAAUCAAGAAUCCGUAGAAAUUUAUUUAAAAGAUAUUAUAAAAGAGGGCAUUGAAUGGGUAUCUGAUGAAGCAACCAAAGCCUAUAUUAUAGAAUUAUGUGAUAAAGUAGACAGUAUAUCAAAAGAUGCACAAGUCAAGGCAACAAAAUUAAUAGAAGAAGAAAUGGUAGCUAAUAUGAUUUACAAUUUUGUAUUACCUGAAGUGGAAAAAAAUACUAUACGGAAAAAUAUAAGGGAAAAGCAACAAGCUUAUUUACAGAAUGCACAUGCUGCAAUUUAUAAAGAGAUAUUGAAUUUAUCACCUACCGAAAACACACGUUUAUUGGAUAAAAAAUAUGAAGAAAAACAGGAAGAAAUAAAUUUAAGUACAGGGUUAGACAUUGAAAAGAUGCCCGAAACAUGUUCAACAAUAUAUAUUACAGAAGCAGUGUUAAAAUCCACACAUAGAACUCCUUUAAGGGAUGUUGAAACAAUUGUAGAAAGUAUCAUAUCAAAUGUUAUUUCAAUGAUAUAA